AUGAUAACAGAACUACAAGACAACACGCUGUUACCUAAGAUUUCUGGGGUUGACCUUAUUGCAGCUGAAGCAAAAUAUCACAUGAAAUGCAUGACAAACCUGCGCAACCGCUAUAGAAGUCACUUAACACGAGCACGACAAGAAUCAUGUGAAGAAGAUGAGAAAAUGAAGGAAUCUCAAGCCUUUAUCGAGUUAAACGCAUAUAUCGAGAGUUCUGUUGAGAAUGAGAAGUUAUUUUUUUUGCUUUGUGAGUUGCGUUCACUUUAUGUAAGUCGGCUUCAAACCCUAGGCGUUCAAAAACAAGUGAAUAGAACUAGACUUAAAACCUCGAUACUGGAAAACUUCCCAGACGCUCAAGAGCAAAAUGAUGGAAAGAAUGUUGUUAUAAUUUUCAAGAAAGCCAUACAGGGCAUUGUGAAAGAGGUGGUACAGCAGAGAGACUUCUCAGAGGACGCUGUGAUUCUAGCUAAGGCUUCAGCAAUUGUUCGAAAAGACAUUUUUAGUCAUGAAGGGUUUAAAUUUUCUGGAAGUUUUCCGCAAGACUGCCAAGCGAGAUCUGUACCAGCUAGCCUUAAGUCAUUAAUGUCAAUGAUUUUAAGUGGGGUGAACAUUAAGAACACCGAGGCGCAAGAAUCCCAGCCAUGCUUAACAGUGUGUCAAACCAUAAUUUUUAAUACAAACGCCAAGGAACGUUCAACUGUUCAGUCAAAAACUGGCCAGUCACGGCAUACUAAAUCACGCGAACCACCUCUUCCAUUAUACCUCGGAUUUAAUGUCCAUGCAAUGACCAGAAGUAAGACACUAAUUGCAAAGUUGUACCAGAUGGGACUUUCGGUAUCAUAUCUAAGGAUCAUGGAAUUAGAGGACAUGUUUGCUACUUCCAUCAGUGAGCGCUUUGAAGCGGACGGUUUUGUGGUACCUGCUUGUCUAAAAAAGGGUGUGUUUACCGUUGGAGCCCUUGAUAAUUCAGAUCAUAACCCUAGCUCUAUGACGGCAGCCUCGUCGUUCCAUGGAACAGGCAUUAGUCUUUUUCAGUUACCAACAAUUAGUAAUCCUGGCGAAGAGAGGCCUCCAGUAGCGUUACCGCCACAGGGAACCGGGCAUGCUCUCCCAGAGGAAUACGCAACUGUUUACCCCGUAGAGUUGAACACUAGCAAGGCAGUUGUACCAACGCGUGAUAUGAAAGAAAUAGUUAGUUGCAUGGCUGAAGCGAAACGUAAUGAGGAACAGUGGGUGGUGCAUUCUCUCGAAAAACUUGACGAAGAAUCAGUAACCUCAGGAGAUACGUUGGCUUGGGCAGCAUUUCAUGCUUCGGCCCAGACGGAAGAAGAUCCACCUGCUUUGACUGCACUACUCCCUUUGUUCUACGAAAAGGCGGCGACCCCAGCGAUGGUCAAGCACGGCAUGGAUGUCAUAUGGCAGGCAGUUACCUUUCUAAAUCCGGGCCAGGUUCCUAUCAUCACCGUUGACCAGCCUCUGUUUGCACUUGCGAAGAUGGUCCAGUGGAAGUGGCCAGACUCACAUGGAGAGCAGCGUAUGUAG